UUCUACUUUUGAAAAAGCAAACUGUGUUCUCAUGAUGAUGAUUCUUUGAAGAUUGAUGAAUACAACAACAACAACUGAUUAUAUAUCAGUUAGUUAGUCGUUACUAGUCAUAAAAAGCUAGCAAGAAAAUAAGAUGACUGAAGAUCAUGGUGAUUGUGAUGGUUCAAAUGAUCAGUUUUGUUGCAAGAAUCUCGAGGACGACGAUGAAGUAGAUGACGGUAACAAUAAGACGAAAUCGGGUGAUGAGAGCUCAGGGAAUAAUAGCAUGGUGGAUCAAGAAGAUGGUGAUCAGAAGCGGAUGGAUACAUCAACUACUAGAGUUAGACAAUAUGUUAGAUCCAAGAUGCCUAGAUUGAGAUGGACUCCUGAACUUCAUCUCAUGUUUGUUCGAGCUGUGGAACGACUCGGUGGUCAAGAAAGAGCAACUCCUAAACUAGUUUUACAACUAAUGAACAUGAAAGGUCUUAGCAUUGCUCAUGUAAAAAGCCAUCUACAGAUGUAUCGAAGCAAGAGGAUUGACGAUCAGGGGCAAGUAAUAAAUGAAGGAGACUACUAUACUGGAAGAAACAAUCACUACGCUCACAAUUUGUGGCAGCUUCCUAUGUUCAAUUCAAGAUCAUUCAGACCAAAUCCAAGUAAUAUGGGGGAAUGUUUGAUGCCGAGAAACGAUAUGACUACUAAAAUGGCAGAUUAUAGCUUGAUUAACAGCAAGAUUUUGAACUCAUCCAUGGAGGAAAAAUGUUACCAGAUUGGGCAUCAUGGAUUUCAAGAUGAUCAAGCAAGAUUGAUGCAACAAUGGGUCAUCAAACAAGCCUUACAUAACACUAGGUCAACUCAUAUAGACCAUGAACUCAUCAUGAAUAGUCAAAGAUUUGAUAGCCCUAUUGAGACAAACAAGAGAAAAGCUGUAGCAGACAAUGGUCUUGAUUUGAAUUUGUCUUUAAGUAUGAAGAUAAGAUCACAAGAAGAGGAAGAGGAAGAAGAAGUAGAUAGCUCUUUGUCUCUUUCUUUAUUCCCUUCUCCGAAUAAGAAAAUGAAACAUGACAAUCCACAUGAGUUGUCGCGGGUUAGCUGGUUAGAAGGCGGAGAUUGUGCAAAGAAUCCAAAAUGGGCGAGUACUCUUGAUCUGACUAUAUGAAUUCGAGAAUUCUAGUGAGAUCUUGUUGGUACUCGCUUAUUAUUAGGGUUUGUAAGAUUGAUUUAUGAUGAUAACUAUUGUUUUAAUUAGCAAAGCACCUUGUUAGUACUAGUUCGUAUCGAGUUUCAUGAACUCAUCGUUUUCCUUGAUGUUUGUAUGAA